ACAGUGAACGGGCCCCUUUCCUCGUGGGUUAACGUUUUUUGAUACUUAAGCGAUGGUUCACGGCAACGAUGUUCUACAUCACAACCACUUCAGAAAAAAAUGGCAAUUUAUGGUGAAAACAUGGUUCAACCAACCAGCACGCAAAGAACGCAGACGACAGGCUAGAAAAGCUAAAGCUCAACGAAUCGCACCGAGGCCAGCAUCUGGUCCACUUCGACCCAUUGUCAACUGUCCUACAUUCCGUUAUAAUAUGAAAGUAAGAUCAGGGCGUGGAUUUUCAUUACAAGAAGUGCGCGCAGCCGGUCUGAAUCCCAAAUUUGCCCGCACUAUCGGGAUAGCCGUUGAUCACCGUCGACGAAACGUUUCUGUCGAAGGAUUACAAAGGAAUGUUGCCAGGCUUAAAGCAUACAAAGCUAAACUCAUAUUGUUCCCUCUAAAUCCAGCAAAGCCUCAAGCCAUGGAUGCAAAGGUUUGUUUACUUGAUUUUGUCCUAUUUUGAUUCCGUAACUGAAGUGCUUGUGAUAUAAUAUUUAUGCAGUUGUUUUAAAGUCAUGUAAAUCCAACAUGAGCACAUUAAAGACCUGGGAUCUAAAGUGUGUCUGCCCUCCAUCUGCUACUCUGUCCGUUGAUCUUCUGUAUUCAACAAUAAACUAGUCAUCCAUCUAUAGUGUCAAAGAAGCAACCAAUAACAACCAUAUUCCCUUUAGGUAUAAUUCUCUGGUUACUAGUAAAUGUUCACCAAGUGUGGAUAUUUCACUUGGGUUUCUACACCAAAUAAUUCUUGCCGUAUGUAAGAAGUUAGUGUCAAUGACUAUUUGCCAGUUCUUGUAAUUUUAUUCUCUUGUGGCUACCGUUAGACUUUUUAUGAUGAAAAAAUAAUAGUGGUUGUGUUUAUCGGCUAUUUACGAUAGGUUUUAGUAACCAUCGAUUCAGUCUGGUAUUUUGAACUUGCGGUUCAUUAUAUAACCAAAGGUUCCAAGUCGGGAAUUUAGUUUUGUACUUGUCAUUAGAACCACAUACCUUAAGGCAGUUGUGAGUUGUGUUUCCCACACAGUAUUCAGACGUCUAUAUUUUAGUCAUUCCGAUGCCCAUUUAUUCUUGAUGAUUUGAGCUCUGCAUAGUAGUAACAAAAGUCAUUUCAAAUAACUGCCAGUCUACUGUAUCACUCACCGUUUGUUACCAUAGUAAUGAGGUUCUCACUACAGGUUUCCCAUAUCUUGGUUUUCUUUAUAAAAUACGGUAUGAGGGGUGGCGUUAUGAUGACUUACUGUGAUGAGCCUCUUGUGUCGUUUUGCUAGUCGCACUACUCAAACUAAUGGCAUCAAAGUUGUCUAAUGAGUGUUGACUCAUGUACAUGUUGGAAUACCUCAUAACCCUGGGUUGUGUCUGUAUAACAAUGUAUUUUGGUCUCAUUUCUUAUAUUUCUGUUUCAGGCCGACGAUAUCAAAAAGGCCACACAGCUCCGCCGACCGGUGCUCCCUAUAACUCAAAGAACAAAACGUUUGAAGGCUCAUGAACCAACAUCGUCUGAACUAAGGUACAGCGCUUUCCAUGCCAUCCGUCAACAUAGAGCUAACGCUCGGCUCUACGGAAAACGUCUGAAAGCACGUCGAGCAGCUGCAGCAGAAUGAUUGUCUUUAAAUAAAUUAUAGUUGGGUCA